AUGGGGGGAGGGGAAGGGGGGGCCGAGCGGGAAAGGGAGUACCUUGUUCAGGACGGCGGUGGUGGCGCUGCGUCGGGUCAGGAGGAGCAGGUGCUGGUGUUUGAGUUUGUGGAUGCCGAGUUGAAGACCGAGCCGAAGGGCUCUAAAGGGCGCGGCCGAGAGGACAGCAUGCGGAUGCCCGUCUUUGGCCAGGCGCAGAUGAUGCGCUUGAUUGAGCGGCGGAAUGCCAAGUUUGUGCAGGCUGUUAAUGAGUUUGUUGAGCGGUGCACUGCGGAAGGGUUGGAUCCGGAGAUGGUGCUGAAGGAUGCGAGAGAGGCGUAUAUUCCCAAGAUGGCCGAGGUUGAGGCUCAGGAGACGGGGAAGCUGACCAGCACGCUCCCGGCGAGCAUACCCCACGAGAGGAAGAGCAUACCCGAAAUUGUCCAGGAGAUCAAGGACAGCCCGUGGUACACCGGCCAGGUCGUGCCGGAUGGGCACAGGGUGUUCGAAGCACAGGAAGCGGUCUACGGGGAGCUGAAUUUCCUGCUCAGUCAGGACCUGGUUAACGCCUUGUACAACACCAAGGGUAUCACACAGUUCUUUGCCCACCAGGCCGAGGCUAUCAACGCGCUACACGACGGGUACAACGUUGUCGUCGCGACGUCGACAAGCUCAGGCAAAUCACUGAUCUAUCAGCUCCCCGUACUGCACGCUCUAGAACAGGACCAGAACACCAGAGCGAUGUACAUAUUUCCGACAAAAGCGCUAGCUCAGGACCAGAGGCGGAGUUUAAAAGAGAUGAUAGGCUUCAUGCCGGGGAUGGAGGACGUACUGGUCGAAACUUUUGACGGAGACACGCCCAUGAGCGAGAGGAAUACCAUCCGCGACGAGGCGAGGAUUAUCUUCACAAACCCGGAUAUGCUGCAUAUUACGAUCUUGCCCAAGGAGGACCAGUGGCGAACUUUUCUAAAGAAUUUGAAAUAUGUCGUCGUUGACGAGCUACACUACUACAACGGUCUGAUGGGGUCCCACGUCGCCUUUGUCAUGAGGCGGCUGCGUCGGACAUGCGCAGCGCUGGGGAACAGACAUGUCAAGUUCAUUUCAUGCUCGGCAACGGUCGGAAACCCGGAGGAGCACUUCAAGAAGAUGUUUGGUAUCCAGGAUGUGCGGCUAGUCGACUUUGACGGGUCUCCGUCCGGACGGAAAGAGUUCCUCUGCUGGAACACCCCGUACAAAGACCCCGGCGACCCAGCGAGCGGGCGCGGAAACGCCAUGCUCGAGUGCUCUCGACUGUUCUGCGAGUUGAUCCUCCGCGGCGUCAGGGUCAUAGCUUUCUGCAGGAUUCGAGAGCAGUGCGAGAAGCUGGUCAGUGCCGUCAAACAGGAGUUAGUAACCCUCGGACGGAGCGAGGUCGUCGGGCGGGUCAUGGGCUACCGUGGGGGAUACACGGCCCAGGACCGCCGGCAAAUCGAGAGCGAGAUGUUCGAAGGGAAGCUCCUCGGCAUCGUUGCCACAACUGCCUUGGAACUCGGGGUUGAUAUCGGCACCCUGGACUGCGUGCUUACCUGGGGGUUCCCGUACACUAUCGCCAACCUUAGACAGCAGAGCGGGAGAGCCGGUCGAAGAAACAAGGACUCACUCUCCAUCCUCGUCGGCGACGGCUUUGCCACAGACCAGCACUACAUGCAGAACCCAGACGAGCUCUUUACCAAGCCGAACUGCGAGCUGCAGGUGGACCUGGACAACAUGCUCGUCAAGGAGGGCCACAUCCAAUGCGCAGCCUACGAGAUGCCCAUACGACCAGUCGAAGACGCCGCCUACUUUGGGAACGACCUCCCUCAGCUCUGCAAGGAGCGCUUGAUCCAGGACGAGACCGGCUUCUACCACUGCCACCCCCGCUUCCGGCCGCUCCCCUCCAAGUUCGUGUCGAUCCGCGACACGGAAGAAGACCACUUCGCCAUCAUCGACACCACCAACAACCGCAACGUCGUCCUCGAGGAGCUCGAAGCCUCGCGCGCGACCUUCACCAUCUACGACGGCGCCAUCUUUCUGCACCAAGGCAACACCUACCUGGUCCGCGACUUCAACCCGGACAAGCACAUGGCGCGGGUGGAGCGGGUCAAAGUCGACUGGCUGACGUCGCAGCGCGACUACACCGACGUCGACCCGGUGGAGACGGAGGCGGUCAAGCGGAUCACGGGGUCGCGGUCGCGGGCCUACUACGGGACGAUCCGGAUCCGGCAGGUAGUCUUCGGAUACUUCAAAGUAGACGCGCGGCGCAACAACCGCAUCCUAGACGCAGUCGACGUCGACAACCCGCCGGUGGUCCGGCACAGCAAGGGCAUGUGGCUGGACGUGCCCAAGCGGGCGCUCGACAUACUCGCGGCGCGGCGGCUCAACGCGGCGGCGGCCAUCCACGCGGCCCAGCACGCGCUCGCGAGCCUCAUCCCCAACUUCGUCGUCAGCACCCCGGGCGACGUGCGCACCGAGUGCAAGAGCGGCCGCAAGGAGUUCGCCCGCAAGCCCGAGACGCAGCGCAAGCGGCCCGCCCGCCUGACCCUCUACGACGCCAAGGGCGGCGCCGGCGGGUCGGGGAUCAACACCAAGGCCUUCGAGUUCGUCGACCUGCUGCUGCGGCAGGCGCGCGCCCGCGUGGAGGCUUGCCCCUGCGCCUGCGACGCCGGCUGCCCCGAGUGCUGCGCGUCCCCCGCGUGCGGCGAGAUGAACGAGGUCAUGAGCAAGGCCGGCUGCGAGGUCGUGCUCAAGGCCCUGCUGGACGAGGAGAUCGAUGUGGAUGCCCUGCCCAUGGGCCCCGAGGAGGGCGCGCCGGCUGGGCUCGAGACCGUGGUGCUGGCGGAGGCGGUGCUGCCGAGGGACGGGCGGGGGUUGGAGGUUGACGACGCCGGCGCCGGCGAAGAUGCCGACGGCCGGUGA